UGGCAACCCUGUUUCUGAAUCAGAGAAACUGCAAGUAAACAAAGUGCGACGAAAAUAAAUAUAAAUACAUACAUCAUGUCGAAGCCAUCAAAAUCGGGUCCACCAAGUGACGGAAGUGCUCCUGCAUACGAUUACCGCAAUGCCGGCGAUGCCAUGGCCAUGAGAGCUCCUCCGCCAACCUACGAAGAAAGCCAGCGAAAUGGCGGCACUGGGGCUGGUUAUGGAUAUCAACAAGGAGGAGCUGCCCCACCCAGCCAGAAUCAGUACUACGGGAUGAUCAGCCACCAGCAGCAGCAGAUGCCCUUCAACGGACAGCAGCCCAACUACGGGAUGCACCAUGGCAAUGGCUACGGAUUUGCUGGACCCAGCACGUCAGCAGGAGCUGCUGCUGCACAGGUCCUCCACUUGGACUCGCGCGCCGAGGUGAGGACAAAUGCCACAGGAAACGUGGUCAUACCGCCUCCUCCGCCUGGCUGCCUGCCCACACCGGCCCAGUGGGCAGCCAUGCAGGGCCAGCCCGUGGUCCUCAAGCAAAAGAAGCGUUCCUUUUUCUAGAUUACUCCAGGCGGACAUCAUUUACUCGAAUAUAACUAUGUUGGCCCCUUAAAUGUUAUAAAAUAAACGAUGCGAUCCGUUUCGUUUCGUCCUCGCGUA